AUGGGGCUCAGUGAUCAGGAAUGGCAGCAGGUCCUGACCAUCUGGGGAAAGGUGGAGUCCGACCUCCCUGGCCAUGGUCAUGCAGUUUUAAUGAGACUCUUUCAGGACCACCCUGAGACCUUGGAUCGCUUCGAAAAGUUCAAAGGCCUGAAGACCCCGGAUCAGAUGAAGGGCUCUGAAGAGCUGAAGAAACAUGGAGUUACUGUUCUUACCCAACUGGGCAAAAUUCUGAAGCAGAAGGGUAAUCAUGAGUCAGAGUUGAAGCCCCUGGCUCAAACCCAUGCGACCAAGCACAAAAUCCCGGUCAAAUAUCUGGAGUUCAUUUCUGAAGUCAUUAUCAAGGUCAUUGCUGAAAAACACUCUGCAGACUUUGGGGCUGAUUCCCAGGCUGCGAUGAAGAAGGCGCUGGAGCUGUUCCGAAAUGACAUGGCCAGCAAGUACAAGGAGUUCGGUUUUCAGGGUUAG